GACGCAACAACACAAACAACGAGGCACACAAGAGCAACUCGAAUCACCAUAUUACUGGCACGCAUACAUUCUCGGUAGCUGGCGAACACAAAGCACCCAGCUCACACUCCAUCGUAAUACCUUUACGAUUGCAGCUGCCCCUCUGCACCAGACAUACCACCGCACGAACACAAACGCAAUGGCAGCACCCACCACUUCAGACGACUAUACCGUGACGCCUGCCCCAUACCCAGCGCGUACCAGCACGUCCACCUCGAUGAUCAAGAGUAUAAAAACCACAGCAACGACGGUCAAUUUUGCGGACAAGAUUCUCAUCACUGUCACGCAAAAUGGACGAUUAGCACAUUGGGUACAUGUACCUCUCGAUAUCUCUGCAACCGAUGCUUCGAUGACUUCGAAUGCCUCCCUUGAACGCGACGAAGACGAUCCCAACUCAGACCUCCUUCCUAUGCACCAUCUCACGGCUACAAAUAUACUUGGCGGUACGAUAGCGGAGCUUGAUGUUCUUGGACAAACGCUCGCGACACAGAUUGCCAGUGCUAUCAAACAGCGCGACGACAGGGAAACCAGAAUGGUUGUGGUUGGUAUGGGAUUGGACAAGAGCAUGGUUGGAAGAGAAGCAUUCAGCGAGCUGAUUGGUCUUGUGCUGGGGGUCAUAUAAGAGGUCGUCGAAUUCGUAUUGCUUUAGUCUAUGCAAUGCUCGACGUGAUGAACUAUGGGAUCAUGUGCCCAAGCGUUCCUUCGUCAAAUCUCGGGUAUGUCUUCCGCCC